AUGAUGCCACAAAAUUUAGUCUUGACUGGAGAAUUUCCUGAUUGUGAUGUAAAACUCUGUGACUUUGGAAUUUCAAGAUACAUCAGUCAAGGUGCUGACAUCCGUGAAAUUUUGGGCACGCCCGAUUAUGUCGCUCCAGAAGUUCUAAAUUACGAGCCAAUAAGCCUUGCAACAGAUAUGUGGUCCGUGGGAGUCCUUCUGUACGUUCUGCUGACAGGAUGCUCGCCAUUUGGCGGAGACACGAAGCAGGAAACGUUCUGUAACAUCAGUCGCUGCCGUCUAGACUUCCCGGAUGAUCUUUUUGAGGAUGUAUCCGAAGAAGCACGUGAUCUCAUGCGCAAACUUAUGUCGAAGCCCAAGUCCUCUUCAUCAAAAAUCUCGCUGACCGAAAAGAUCACCAAGCACGAAAAAAUUUACCCUGAAAUGACGGCAAUCAGAAUCGGACUGAGCCCAGACCGCCGCGACACCUUUAAAAAAAACAUGGACUCACUGGCCCAAAAAUUUUCCGGAGAAAUUGUGAUAAUAGAAUCAAACUCCUCGUCGCAGAGACGCGCGAUUGGAAACCACACGAUGCCUGCUGGAGACGUCUUCAAGUGCACUCCAGUCUUCAUCCUCGGCGAGGAGCAACAAUGUGACAGCGGAAGCGACACAGUCUCCGAAAUUUCUACCGACAGCUCCAGCGACCGGUCCAGCAUCUACUCCGACGACUCUCUGGAUUUUAUUCUGUAUGGAAAGAGCCAGCUGCAAGGUCGCGCGAGUUUUCCUUUUACUGGAAGCGAGUCUGACCGCUGGGACCGGCAUCACACCAGAGUUUGGCCCAGAGAGUGCAACGGAGUCGUCAGCAAAGCUCUCAGUCGCUUUACAACUGAUCCAACUUCUACGGGGUCGAAAACCUCCAGGGUAGUUCCGCCCUCCAGUCGCGCUAAAACUGGCCUGGAAGCUCUCAGAGAACGUGGUGGCAAUCUUGUUGUCAUCCGGGAACCUGUUCGCGCUGGAAGGUACACCAGGUACAGCGAAGUCCAGUGCGAAUCUGUCCAGGCACGCAUCAGGCGCUUCCAAGUUCAAGGCGGAUCUUAA